AUGCACCUGCUGAAGUUGCCUAAAUUCAUUGUUAACACAAAUAUAAGCAAGGAUAAAGUCCCAGAGUCUUUUGCAGGGGAGCUCACCCAACAAUCAUCAAAAGCCUUGGGGAAACCAGCACAGUAUCUAGCAAUACAGAUCUCCUCUGAUCUGGUGAUGUCCUUUUGUGGCUCCACAGACCCUUGUGCUACAUGCUUUCUGUACAACAUUGGAAAGGUAGGGGAGCAGGAGAACAAGGUCUACUCCAAACUGCUUUGUGAUUUGCUGAGCAAAAAGCUGAAAAUACCAUCUGACAGAAUCUACAUCAGCUUCUUUGACAUCAGUCCUGGAAAUGUGGGCUGGAAUAACACCACCUUCGCUUGAGGUGCCCUGGGGUGAUCACAUCUUAUUCCUGAGCCCUCACUGUGGUUUGAGAACUGCAGUUCUAGUCACCUUCUGGCAUUUGCCAAAUUCAAGAGGCAUUGGUAACUUAGUUGCUGCUACCCAAUGCUAUUUAACACCUUGCCUGCUGCCUAAAAAAAAAUGCAGCAGAAAUCUCAUGACUGAGACCUUCUUGUUACUCUGGGAAGGCCUGUA